AUGGAGGGCAUACAUGGUGUCGACGUGAGCUGGUUGCACCACUCCCCCAAAGACCACUAUUCGAAGAAGGAUUCGAUCUCCACUCCCUCCCCGGAUGAGAAAGUUUUGCCAAACAAGCAGGAUCCCUCACAAGGCGAAGACGAGCCGACUGCGCCCAAAGCCAAUGGAUCCUACUCUACACAAUCCCAUAGUCAUGUACAUCGUCCUCAUAUCCUUCAACGUGCGAGCUCAGAAAAAGUCGAGCCAGGUCCCAGCUCUCCCAAGAACCAGAAAGAUCCCAAAGCAACCCCAAUGGGCCGACGGAAUUCGUGGAUGUCAAGCCUAAGCUCAAAGUUCUCCACCAAUUCGAAUUCACCUACCAGCAGCACCGGCUCACUACCAUCUCCUGUCUCAAAGUCGCCACCCAACACCCCUCAACCCGAAUUCUCAAAUCCUUUUGGCGCAGCCGUUACACCAACAGUUAAAGAUGCCAAAAAGACAGACACACCUCCCUCCACCCCACCAAAUGUUGGCAAAGGUGGGCAUACAUUUAUACAGAGCGCACUGAGACGGCUGGGAUCCAGCGGUGGCGGCAGCACCGCAAAGGCUGCGGGUUCGUGCGGAGUCUGCCCAAGGAGGACGAUGAAUGUGGAUCCGUACCGUGAAAGGUGUUCACUGCCAGAUCUGGAUCUCAAGAAGCUGCGGAGGGUGGCAUUCUGUGUAGACGUCGAAAUUGCAGGCGCAGCCCAAUACACCGAGACGGAACCGCAAGCACCACCUGCGCCGUCCCUCACGGAAGAAUCGAGCCUCACUAAAUUGGAGCACGAGACAGAGGCUAACAAAAUGAAGGAUCAGAAGCAGAAGAAAGGAGAGGGUGCUGCGCUGAAGAAUCCGAAUACAGUGGCAGAAGAGAAAGAGAAGGACGGAGUCGUCAAAGCUUCUGGAGAAGAAGUGAAACCUGCACCACCAGAGAAAUCCCAAGAGUCCAAGGCUCCGGAGAACAGCGAGGUCAAGGAACCUACAAGGAAGAAGGAAAAGAAGAAGCGCUCUGAGGGCGAAAGAAAAGAGCGUAAAGAGCGGAAGCACCAGGAAGCUUUGGCCAAUGGUUCGAUACCCAUUGAAGUACGUCGGGAGGGCAGCAGCAGUAGCGCCAACGAUACGCCCACUGGCGCUGACACUCCGCCAAGGUCUCAAGAUCGACCGACAACCGACCCUCUACGUAUAUAUCGACGGUGUUGUCAAUUGCGAGAGACGCCCAUCUUAAAACGAAUAGUCGAGCAGAUCUCCUCACCAUCUGCCUGCCAUGUCAUGACGCCGGGAAUCCUCUCAAGUCUGGAUCUCUCAGGUUACUGGAUGCAACUUCCAGAUCUCAUCACCCUCGGGGACUACCUGGCCGUUGUGCCCGUCAAGAGAUUGGUACUAGAGAAUUGCGGCUUAGGAGAUGAAGCUGUACGCGUCAUACUUGCUGGACUCCUUGCUGCGAAGACACCGGAACAAGCUAAACACAAUAGGAAACUUGCUAAAAGGAUUAAUGGUGGGACUACGGAAGUGACAGAGCAGCUUGGCGUGAUCGAGAAGCUUAUAUUAAAGGAUAAUCCGAAGGUUGGAAGCGAAGGCUGGCGACAUAUUGCCCUGUUCAUGUACAUGUCUCGGUCAUUAAAAGGUAUCGAUGUGUCUAUGAUACCUUUCCCGAAAUCAUCAGCAAUGGCGGAUAGCGUCAAGCAUCAUCACCACACUCCUCUCCAUCAUACUCCUCCUCCGCCUGGCCCGAUUGGAAUGUCAACCCUCCUGCAAGAAGCACUAGCCGAAAGACUUGGAGGUCAUCGUCUGGAGGAGCUUAUCAUGGCCGAGUGCGGUCUGAGCACCGAGUGCAUUGGGAAGAUCGUUGACGGUGUCAUGAGAUGCGGCUCUACCAGGCUUGGUCUUGCGGGUAACAACAUCACUCCAGAGGGCUUGGGUCAUGUCAUACGCUACCUACGGAGCGGAAAGUGCGAGGGUCUUGAUCUGGGCGGCAAUGAUCUUAGAGAAGACCUCAACAUGCUGGCCGAGGCAGUGGACGAGAAGAGCACACUGUGGGCAUUGAGUCUUGCCGACUGUAAUCUUGCACCAUCAUCGCUUGAGGCCCUACUCCCCGCCCUGGUACAACUUCCAAAUCUCCGCUUCAUCGAUCUGUCUCAUAAUCGCGAUCUUUUCCUCACUCGACCGACUGCUCUUGGACUGAUCCGAAAGUAUGUACCUCAGUUGCCCAUGAUCAGAAGGAUACAUCUCAUGGACGUGGCAAUGACACCCGAGCAUGCCAUUGCUUUGGCAGAAGUCUUGCCAGAAAGCCAAAGUCUGGCACAUCUCAAUAUUUUGGAAAACCACCUCCUUUCACCGCUGGCAUCGGCAAAGACUGAAGCAAUGCAAGAGGAAGCUUGUGCUUUGUACGCCUCUCUGAUGGCUGCCGUGCGGGUCUCAGACACGAUUAUCUGCAUUGACGUUGACGUUCCAAGCCAAGAUUCGAGUGAGGUUGUCAAAGCUCUGGCGAAACAGGUUGUGGCUUACUCACUGAGGAAUCUUGAACGCCUACCUCUUGCGGAAACGUCAGAUUCAGCAAAAGCGGCAAUGGCUGACCCUCACGGCGGCGAGAAGCAGUUGACAGUCCCGGACAUCCUGCUGCACCUCGUAGGUCACAUCGAUGGCUUUCCGGAGAACCACGACAGUGAUGACCCAGCCCCUGAUGACGACUAUAUCGUCGGUGGCACAGGCGUGGUCAAAGCACUGGAUAUAUGUCUGAACAGAGCUGCUGAUGGAAGAAAAGAUUCAAGGGAUUUGUCACCGUUACACAGCGGUACUGGGACGCCAAAGAAGGUCCUGCAGGGAAGCGAGGUUUCAAAGGGUAAAGCCCGAGAAAUGUCGAAGAACCUGUUGGACAGUGCGAGGAAGAUCAGAGCGAGAUUGCAGCCGGCUUUGAUCAAGGAGGCAAAGGGUGGCGAUGAUUUGAGCUACCGACGUCUCCAAUUCCUCGACUCCACCCUCGAACGCAUGAUCGAGCGCUUCGAAAACGAAUACCCCGAGACUCGCCUACCCAAACCCACAACCACGACCACCGAACCCUUCUCCGACGACAAUGCCAGCACCUCCUCCCUCGAACACCCCAACACCCUCAUCCACCCCACUCCCACCUACCCAGCCCUCGAACCCGCCUCACCCGACCAAGAAGACAUCGACGAGAGCACCACCCCUCUCAUCCGUCCCGCCUCCGUCUCCCGCCGAACCUCCUCCCCCAGUCUCGCCUCCCGCCAAGCCCAGGAAGAAGGCCGCAUGCACCGCUUCAACCAGCGCAUCAAACGCGACAUCCUGCGUCCCGAAACCGAAGACCACGCCCACGGCACGACCGGCACGGAGUCCGAAGCCCAACACCUGCAGGACCUGCGCCGGCGGCUCGAAGCGUUCGAAGGCGGCGAGAUCAAGGAGAGGGUCGAGCGGCUGGGCCCGGAGACCGUCUUCGACAUGAUCCGCGCCACGGCCGCGGAGCUGUCGGCGUGGGAGCGGGGCAACCCGGCGGGCUUCGAGAGGUUCAAGGAAGCGAGGGGCCACGCGUUGGCUCUGUACGAGGAUCAGAAGGGCGGCACGGGCUUCCCGGCGAGGCGGGAUUCGCCGCCGAAGAUGGGGGAGGAUCCGGCGCCGACGGGGACGGGGGAGGCGAACGUAGCUUGA